GCCAGAACCAUCGGUAGUCUCUGUGGCCUUGUCUCAUUGUUUGUUUUGUCGCCGGUCUAAUGGUGAAAGUGAAACCUUUCUCGAGAAACACCAGACUCAAGAACCAUUCUGACGAACCACUGAAGGUUGCUGUGACAGUGGAUAGCAGAUUUCAAUCGGAUGACAUAUCUCUAAUAAUCGAACCGGGUGAGCACAGGUACAUGUGCUACGCCGAUUUGGGGAUUGAAUACAAUGGUGGACGUCUGGUAGAAGUGUUUUUUUACAUCGGAGACCGGCAGAUGAAACCUAUACUGACAUCGCAGAUAAGGGAUCAUGAGAAAAUCAUAUUCUUCAAACGAGAGGAUGGAACCAUCGCCCACAAUCUAAUCAAGGGGUGUAUGAUCAAGAUGAACGGGAUAGUUAUCUCGGUGAAAGGCGCGGUGAAAAAGAUCAAGUCAUUGCUGAUGUAGAUGGGUUUCGAAUACCCGUCGGUGUGAUUGAAGUUGAACAUGAAGACGACAAGCAUUCUACGUGAGUUCUUCAGCUUCGCGAGGGACUAACAAGUCUGUGUGUUUGUACCAGAUUCAUGGGAAGAGUGAUAGUC